AUGAACAGUCUGGCUGAAUUACAAUCACUGCAUGAGAAGAGUCGAAUGUUUUUGAACAGCUUUUAUACCGAUGGUUAUACAUGUAGAGUCUCUUUUUGUAAAAAACAAAAACCUGUUUCAACUUUGGAAAAUGUCACUCUGACCUUGAACAACUUCAAUAGCGAAGAGAUCAAACAAUAUUUCAGGCUAUGUACAGUCGAUCCUAAUAGGAAGGAUGUUUUUACAUCAUACCAUGUCGAGAAUGAUGUAAGACGCAUCUCUAGCUCUGAGUAUUACAAUAUGAACGGAAUCAUCAAUCGUCAAAGACAAGAACUAGAAAGAAAGAAAAGUAACAACAUCGAAUAUAUUGAAACCAGAAUCCCUUCCCCAAAAACAACUGGGGCUGAAAACUAUAAAAGGCACAUAACAUAUAUGCUCCAACACUUUAAAGCCUUAGUCACUUUUUAUGACUUCCAAACUGCUAGAAUACGGUGGUCCAACUAUUUCGGGAAACAAAAGGCUACGGAUCAUGCUAUCAGUGUUUUGAUUAACGGUUCCACAAAAUACAACAAAAACAGGAGAAAAAACACUAGACGGAAGAAACGUAAAAGACGAAAAUUAAACAGCAGAUAUAAGCGAGAUCUUUCCAACACCAAGCAGGCAUUUAAGGAAAAAUUUAAAGAAGGAGAUAAAAGCAAAAUGCCAAUGAUUAUAUUCGGAGAUGGGUUAAAAAACAAGUCGCAUGUCCGAUUUAAAGGACCAAGACAUGGAGUAAUCGAUAAGUUGUACAGACAGCUAAAGCGGCGUGAGAAUUUGGGUGAAUUGUUACUGCUUGAUAUCGACGAGUACAACACUUCCAAGACGUGCAAUGGCUGUCUCGUGAAGAACUUGGAGAAUCUGAAGUGUGGUGAUCACAAAAUCCAUCAGAUAUUAAACUGCAACAAUUUGCUAGCUCCAUUUGGAAUGGUAAUGGUUCACCAAGUGUCUUUCAAAGACAAGCGCCACCUCCAAUGUGGUUGCUGCACCGUCAUCGAAGACAGCUUAAAGAUAACUGCAGGUAAGUCAAUGUCCGAAAUAUCUAAACACAACAAGUUGGCGAUAAGGAUGGAUGUUUUUGCUGGAUCAAGUUCAGGUCGUUUUACCAAAAAGCUAUUCUCAUUCUUCCACACCGGUAUGCCAUUCCCUCAGUCUACGAUUAGACAUGAUUGUGAUCAAAAUAAUGUGGCGGAGACAACUGGAAUCGAGGAUAUGGAAUCGAACGUCUUACUAAAGGUGCUUUUAGAGUUUGUUAAAGAUCAAUACGAUGAAGAUCAAGUCUAAAAAGGACAGGAUAUACACCUAUCAGAAUAAUACUUAAGAGGCAUAUAGAUAAUUACGACAUAAUUGAGGAUCAAUUUUAAAAACGCUUCGACUGACUAUUUGGAUUUACCAUCUGACGACGAGGGGAUUCACUGUUAUUACUUAAUCAAUCUUUCACUCGGAAUGACCGUAUUACAAGCCCAACUAUUCUGAGCCAGAAAUAAUCAUAUGUGCAAGCAGUGUGCUAUCGAUAGUAGCAAUUAUAAUUACAACAGAUAGCGAGAUUUGGUAUAUAUGUACUCCUAGGGGUUAGGGCAGUGUUGAAAUUGGAUAUACGGAAAGGAUACCAGGGUAGCAGUUAUAGUUCGACUUGGCGGAUCCUCGAGUCUAGGGGUACAGGUAUCAUAAUCUUUAUGAAAUGAAUCGAGAUUAUAGUACUUUUGUGGGGACUAGCAGAAUAACACGAAAACAGCAAUGCUGGCAAUC